UUUCUGAUUGCUUGUUGUUUGGAUAAGUGUGAACUAAAAGCUUUAACUGAUACCUUCAUUAGCAGAGUGUGCUCUUGGAUGAUUUCAGUUGUUCUGCUGCCUCCUUGUUUUCUGCAAACAUGAAUUCAACCACAACACAUGGAUAUUUCUUUACUUAUAAUACGACUGAUGAUGAUUAUUACAACGAUUAUCCAGAAACUCGUGAGGUGAUUGCAAGACCAUGCAAUCAGGAGGACAUCUAUAGUUUUGCUAAGAACUACUCCCCCGUUGUGUACAGCAUGGUGUUUGUCCUGGCUGUUGUUGGCAACAUCUUGGUGCUGUGUGUGAUCAGACGCUACAGAAACUCUCAGAGCGGUGGAGCCUGUGCCUUCUCUCUGACAGACACCUUCCUCCUUCACCUGGCCAUUUCUGACCUCCUGCUGGCCUUCACCCUACCCCUGUUUGCAGUGCAGUGGGCCCACCAGUGGGUGUUUGGCAAAGCAGUGUGCAAGAUCUCGGGUGCUCUUUUCUCCUUGAACCGCUACAGCGGCAUCCUUUUCCUGGCAUGCAUCAGUUUCGACCGGUACCUGGCCAUUGUUCAUGCUGUCAGGUCAGGGUGGAAACGCAACACCUGCCACGCUCAAUUUGUAUGUGCAGUCAUCUGGGUGGUGUGCCUCGGCUUGAGCGGAGUUGACAUUGCAUUCAAAGAAGUGGUAGAGAUGUUCGCUAAUGACAACGAGAAGACAAACGUGUGCCAAGUGUGGUUCACUCAGAAUGCCGACCAGUGGCAGGUGAGCUUGCAGCUUAUCAGCGUGAGUCUGGGUUUUGGUCUUCCCCUGCUCAUCAUGCUCUACUGCUAUGUCCAGAUCUUCAGGUCUCUGUGCAAUGCUUCUCGUCGUCAAAAGCGCAAGUCUCUCCGUCUCAUCAUCUCCUUGGUAUCUGUGUUUGUCUUCUGCUGGGCUCCGUACAACUGCUUCCAGCUGGCAGACAGCCUGCAGAAGCUGGGUGUGGUGGCUGGGGGCUGCCAGUUUGGCCGUGUGCUGGACAUUGGGAUUCUGAUUACUGAAAGCGUGGGGCUUUCGCACUGUGCCCUGAACCCUCUGCUGUACGGCUUUGUUGGGGUGAAGUUCAGGAGGGAGCUGCUGAAAAUGUGCAAAGAGAUGCUUGGACAGAGAGGCUGGUUAGGAAUUGAAAGGUUGAAGGAGAGAAAAUCUAGAAAAAACACAGGGUCAAUAACCUCUGCAGAAAGUGAAAAUACAUCCUACUCUGUCAUGGUGUGAUAUCGGUUAGAGAUAAGUGAGGCUGUGUGUUGGAGAAAGGGUUCUAAAAUACAGAAAUUUAAAAAAAUAAAACAAAAAUGUUCUCACAAUAAUAACAUUUAUGUCAUUACAAUGGUGCUUAAAUGUCAGUGUAGUUCACAUCAUGUUGUUUUGUUUUUAAUGUUUUACUGCCAAAACUGUGGGACAGCAUAGAUUGUACAUAAUCCCACAGGCUGAUGUCAUUAUAAAGCAUUUCAUGAGAAUGGGUUGAUUUUUGUGUCCAUGGGUAACAUCUUGAGAAAUAUGGGGAUUUCUUCAUGCUCCUUAAAAAAAAAAGCUUAUUCUGCAGUUUAAAGGCAGACCUCAGCCUCAGUUGCGUUACUAUUUUGAGGAUGUGUUGAACAUGAAAACUCUGUGCUAUAAAAUUUAAAAUUUGUACAUAUACAAAUUUACCAAUGUGUUUUUAUGAAUUUAUUUUAAAUAAAUGUUUUGCAAUAAAAAGAAA